AUGUUUGAUGGAGAAAGUAAAAAUAGAAGGAUUAAUUUGAGCGGGAAAAAAAAUGUCAUACUUAAUAAAAACACAUUUAUUGAAAAGGCACGAAAAGAAAAAGAAAUAAACUUAGCAUAUAAUAAAAGAAAAAAUUCUUUCAAAGUUAUAAGUAAUUAUGUCCAAUAUAAAGCAAAUAUAUCAAGACGCAAAAAUGAAAUCCAUAAUAAUUUAUUGAAAAGAGUUAAUGAUGUUAUAUUGUUAGAAAAAAUAGUUUCACCAACUGUAUAUGUCCAAGCUUUAGAAAUUUGUUUAUAUGAAUUUUCACUUCAAUCUUGUUUUAUAUAUUCAAAAUGGAAUUCCUAUAAUUAUUAUAAAUAUAUGGACUUUGAAGGAAUAUAUGUGCCGAUCAAAAUUUUGUUAGAUGUAAUAAAACUGCAUAAUAAGUUGAGUUUGUUGAAAAAUGUUAACUAUAAAAGUAGCGAUCCAUUAAGUUCAGAAAUUUAUGAACAAAAUUUGAGACCUGACAAAUCUAACAAAGACUCAGUAACAGAAUCAGAUGAAAAUAAUAAUCAAGUGAAAAAUGAAAAUGUCGAAAGAAAUAAAAUGUAUUAUAGACACAAUAAAGAAAUAGAUAUUUUGGUGAAUCAUUUAGAUAUCCUAAUUGGAAAUUAUUAUGCAUAUAAAUUAAAUAUAUAUCGUGAAUACUAUAAAAAUGGGCAAAUAAAUAAAAAAGAAAAAAAUCCUGUGAAAGGAACUAUUCGGCAUGUUCCAAAUUCUGAACAAGCCAAUCAGAGUCAUUUAAAAAAUAAUCUAGCUAGCCAAAAUAGUGAUAAUUUUGUAAGAUUACAAGAGUAUAUACAUUGUCAUAUAGAUGUAUAUGAAAGUAAUAUGAUACAUAUAUAUUAUUUAUAUAAUUUUAUUUUAAAUAGCCAAUUUAUUGAAGAGUUAGUAAAUAGAAUGAUAAAUAGUUCUAACCAUUUUAGAAAUAUAGGUAAAGAAAAGAUAGUAGAAUCUAUUAAAAAAAUAUCGGACUAUAUAAUUUUAACAAUAGAUGGAUUAAUUACAGUUAUCAAACAGAUUCUACUAUUUUGGAAUACCAAUUCAGAACUUUCUUUAUUUUGUGAAUCAAAAACGAGACUACUAAUAUAUGUAUGUGACAUAGUGUAUAUUUAUUUUUAUAUUUUAAAAGUACAAGGAAGUAAAUUAAAUAGUAAUUAUGUAAAUGAUUUGAAAAAUAAAAUAAAUAUAUUAUUAGAUUUUUUAUUAUUAUAUAUAGCUCGAACAAAUAAGUGUUACAAUUAUUACUAUAUUUUUGUAUCACUAUUUAAGUAUAACAUUUUUGAAUUAUUUGCAUCUAAAAUAGAUGUAAAAAAUGAAUUAGUAAAAUUGAAACAACUCUUAAUAUUAGUAAUGAAGAAAAAUAUAAUAAUAGACACAAAUUUAAUGAAGAAUAUUGUUUAUAAUUUUGAAAGUAAUAUUAUAUGGAUCUAUUCAAAAAAAAGUAUAAUAUAUAGUCAAGAAACAUAUGAUAAAAAAAAUGUUUCAGGAAUUAAUAUAUUUAAAAAUGUUCUUUUAUUUAUUUAUACAAAUAAAGAAAUAAUGAGUGAUAAUAUAAUAGAUCGAUUACUAGAAAUAUAUAUGUUUUUGCCUUUUGUCCAUCAUCCAUAUAUAUAUACUGUUUCAGAUGAUGGCAUAUUAAAACAUGAAAAGGAAGAUAACACAGACCCAAGUAGUUAUAUCCAGAAUCAUUCUAAAAAGGAUAUACCAUAUAUAGAUGUAAAAAAAAACAAAGAAAAUGAUGAAAUAUUAUUUUUUCUACAAAAUAAAGGAAGAAAAAUAGAUAAUAUAGGUUUAGGAUAUUUUUAUAAUAAAAAUAUAAUUGAAUCAUUAAUAGAUAUUUGUAAAAAAUAUUGCUUUAUGAAAUUGGAUAGUUUAUUAUUUUUGUUGAUCCCAUUUAGAAGUAUACAUAUAGAUGUAUUUAAAAUGUAUAGAAACUAUUAUGAUUAUAUUAAAAAUAUAAAAGGUGAUAAAAAUAGAGAACACCAUAUUAAAACAUUUGGAAAAAUUUAUAAUAAUAAAAAGAGUAUAAAAUCAGGUAGUAGCAUAAGUUUCAAUCAAUAUGCUGAAGAAUAUGUAGGAAAAGGAAAAAAUAAUGCAUCUAGCAUGUUUAAUACAACUUUUGGAAGUAUAAGAACUAGCAUAAGUAGUAGUAUUAGUAGUAGUAAUAAAAAAGACAUGUACAAUAUUAACAACUUGGGUGUAAGUUCUAGUACGGGAAAUAACACUUCUAACUACUAUGAUAAAGAAUAUUUUUUUUCUUUAAAUAAUUUAGUAGAACUACGAGAUAAAAAGGAUUUAAUAAAUAAUCAAAUAAUAAUAAGAAUUAAAAAGAUAUUAGUACAAAAUAAUAUACAUAUAUAUUUAAUAAAAAAGAUAUAUUUAUCAUGGAUAAAAAAUAAAAAAAAUGGAAAAACAUAUAAUGAUUUUUUGAAAGAUUUAUAUGAUUUUCCAUAUUUUGAUAAUAAUAAGAUGGUGAUAUAUUUUACUUCUUUUUGUUUUCUUUUUCAUUAUUAUAUUAUUACAAAUAUGUAUAAUAAAUUAAUUGAUAUAAAUAAUUUUAAAUUUAGUAAAUCCUUUAUGUUAAAUCCGUCAUUUAAAAAGAUAUGUAAAUUAUUAGUUUUGUCUCUUUGGAUUAUUUUAAAAAAAUCAAUAAAUACGAUAAGUCUUGAACUAGCAAAUAUGUAUAUCAAUCAGGAUUGGAAACAGAUAGAAGAAUUAGUUGAUGAUAUAUCCGAUGAUGUUAUAUAUAAUGAUGAAGAUGAACAAUAUGAAAAAGAAUGUGAAAAAAAGGAACAAAAUGAUAUAGAUUAUGUUGAUAGAUCAGAUAUUAGUGGAUCCGACUUGUUGCACCGAGAUUUUAUAAUAAAUAUGUCCGAUUUUAGUGCAUUAAAUGGGUCAAUAAAUAAAGCAAUAAAAAUAGAGCAUACCGAAGUAGAAAAUGAAACAAUAAAAGGAUGUAACAAUAUAAAUAAUAAACAAGUUGAUUCUUUUAAAUGCCUAAAUUGUAAUGUCGAAUAUAUUUUGGAAUGGCUCACCAGUUUAGAAGUAAAUGAUUUUAUGGUUGAUGAACAAAUUACAUAUUGCAACAGUUGUAGUAAUUAUAAAAAUGAUAGUUUAGAUACACAUUUUGAAAACAAAUUUAAUGACAAAACAGUGAAUAACUCAAACGAUACUAAUCAGAUUGAAAAAAAUAACUCAAUUCAAAAUGUUAAGAGGUAUAAGGAAUGUGUAGAAAAUAAUGAAAGUAGCAGAACAAGUAAACUAUCAAAUUUGAAUUAUAAUAGACAUCAAAAUGAGUCAGCAUAUACACAUGCAAUGAUAAACUAUUAUUUAUAUAAUAGUGAAAAAAGAGGGCUUAGUUAUAUAUUACCUAAAAUGAUUAAAAAGGUAUAUGAAAUAAAUAAGUAUUUAGAAAUAUUUGAUGAUGAAUUUUUUGUUAUUAAGGAUACAUACAAUAUAUUAAAAAAUAGAUUUAAUAUAAUUGGAGAAAGUAAUAAUAUAAAUUAUAGUAAUAAUAAUUAUGAUGAAGAUUCAUCUUUAUUUUUAGAAAAAAGUGAUAUAUAUAUAAAUAAAAAUAUAAAAUAUGUAACAAUAUUAGCUAAUUAUUUAUUAAGGCGAUGCCCAUUUACUCUUCCUUUUGAUGAUAGACUACUUAUUUUUUACAACCUUAGAAAUAAAAGUAAAGAAUCAAUACGCGAUGAUACAAGAUAUAAUAUUUUGGAGCGUAAAUAUAAUUAUAUAAGACGAACAAAUAUAUUUGAAGAUGCAUUUAUAACUUUAAAUAAAUUAGAUUCAAUAAGUAUAAAACAAAAUAUAAGAAUAGCUUUUAGAGAUCAAAAUGGGAAUGAUGAGACAGGAAUAGAUGGUGGUGGAUUAUUCAAAGAAUUUAUGUUACUUUUAUGUCGAGAAAUUUUUCAUAAUAAAUUUAUUUUAUUUCAACAUGCACAGAAUAAUACACUAUUCCCUAAACAAUAUAAACAAAAUGACAAUUUAAUUUUAUAUGAAUUUUCUGGGAAGGUAGUUGGAAAAGCCAUAUAUGAAAGAAUAUUGAUUGAAUCUGUUUUUAAUAAUUUAUUUUUAAAUUUAUUAUUAUAUAAUGAAAUAAAUAUAAAUGAUUUAUAUUUUCUUGAUAAAGAAGUUUUUAAUAGUUUAUUAUAUAUUCAAAAUACAGAGGAUGUUGAAAGUUUAGAUUUAACCUUUUGUACAUAUGAAAGUAAAAAUCCAGAUUUCUUAAGUUUAGAACAAUAUAAUGAAAUUAAAAAUUAUUUUCAUCAAUUAAAUGUGAGCAUUAAAAAUUUUGAAAAUACAAAUAAUCAAAGUGGAUCUAAUAAUUCACUUUUAUUUUUUCAAACCAAUCAAAAUAUGUACAAUAAUAAUAUUAACACAUUUUUUAACAUCAUUGAUAAUCUAGAUGUAUUGAUAAAUACGUUAGAUAGAAAUAUAUCAACUAUUUCCCGUAACGAAGUUUAUUUAAAUUCAAUUACAUCUCGUACCUCUAGAAUGGGUGACAACACAAGUAGGCAGAGCACAACUAUUCCAUCGAUUUCUGGUGGAUAUAUAAAUGCACUAGCUGAUCAAGCUAGUGAAAUAAUGGAACCUGACAAAGCAGAACUGCUUAACAAUAGUAAGAAUGGCGGCAAAAACAUUUUUAACAAAAAUGAAGUUGAUUGUAUUGAUUUAAUAACAGACGGAAGAAAUAUUAGUGUGACUAAUGAAAAUAAAAAAUUAUAUAUAAAGUUAUAUAUAGAUUAUAAAUAUAAUAAAUUGAUACAAAAAAAAACUCAACAUUUUUUAAAGGGAUUAUCACAACUGAUACCUAUAAAAUGGUUUAAACUUUUUAGUGCCCAUGAAUUAAAGAUAUUAAUAUCUGGUGAUGAUAAAUGUUUUGAUGUUAAUGAUUUAUAUAAGAAUGUUGUAUAUAGUGGAGGAUAUAAUGAAAAUAGUAAAACUAUUAUAAAUUUAUUUGAAAUAUUGAAUAGUUUUACACCUAAAGAAAAAAGUUUAUUUCUUAUGUUUGUCACAAGUUGUUCAAGAUCACCAUUACUAGGAUUUCAAGAGUUAUAUCCUAAGUUUUGUAUAUCUAGAGUGGUUGAUCGUACAAGAUUACCUACUGCAUCAACUUGUGUUAAUUUGCUGAAAUUACCCGAUUAUGAAACAAAGGAGAUACUUUAUAAAAAUUUAAUAACAGCAAUUAAUGGAACCCAAGGAUUUGAUUUAAGUUAA